AACGAAAUAAUCUCAAAGAUUUUAUGAGUCUUGCUAAUUGUUUGAUGGUCACACAUUUCCUCAUAUUGCAAAAACUGACUCUGCAUCAUGCUUGAGGGUUGCCAAAAUGAAACACUGUCCAACUUUAACAUUUAAAAUACAUAAAUAUUCGUUGGCUGCUGAGAUUGUUCAAUCUCAACUCCAUCCAAGAUGCCCUUCGGAUCUUUUCAAGAACCCACCGUUGAUUGUGCUAUCUGGUUUUGGGACAAGGGAAGAACACCUAAAGCUCACUACGUUUAUAUUCCAGAACAUUUUUCCUGCCAUUGUCAUAAAUACAGUCAAGCUCUCUUCAUGCCAAAGGAUUGUAUUACUUAAUUACGACAAAGAAACAAAGCUUAUUGAUGGCACUACUCUAUCAGAUUACAGCCAGUGGGUGUUUCUCGCCGAAUCAGGAAAUUUGUGCAAAACCAUCAAGUGCCUGAUCUAAGAAGUCUUCAAGAUGUUAGUGACUUUGUAACCAAGUACGUGUCUAU